GUGGUAUGACGCUUGCAUACAAUUGUAACCUGUACUAUGCCACAUAUUUUCCUGACUACGAUUUGGGGUGGGUUCUGUUUGCUAUAACCCUUGUGAUUGGUAGCGCCGGAGUAGUAGUUGGAGGGGUGUUUUCUGACAAAGUGGUCGCUAAAUUGGGAGUAAGGUUCAGAGUUUUGGUGUUGCUCGUGAGUCAGGUUAUAGCCAUACCCUUUGCUUUUGCUGCCCUGUAUUGCGAACCCAUCGGGGCCAUGAUAACCCUCGCGAUAUCCUUCUUCUUUGCUGAAAUGUGGUUUGGAAUUAUGUUUGCCAUUUUAACCGAGAUUGUACCCGACCAUUUAAAGUCGACAACUAUUGGAUCGUUUUUGUUUGUGAUUUACAACAUCGGAGGGAAUCUGCCCAUUGUUGUUGACCCCGUUUCGAAAGCUAUAGGUUACAGGGAAGCUCUCUACGUGUUUUAUGUAGCCGCUUACGCUCUAAGUAAGUACAAAUCCUACAGGAUAAGCCCGUCCGAAGGGCGCUACAAUAUAUGUAUAUGCAACCAAUUAUACACCGCAUAGA